AGCUUUUGGAUUUCUGCAAAGGUUGUGGCAAUUGAAAGCGAUAAAAAUUGGUGGUAUCUUUCGUGCACUAAAUGUCGCAAGAAACUGGAAAAAACCAGUUCCAAAUUUUACUGCACCAAGUGCGAUAAACCUUAUUCUGAUGGUAUUCCAAGGUGAUUUUAAUUCCCCUCUAUUAAUAUUUUAGAAACUAUGAUUCAAAUACACAAAAAAAAAAAUCAAAAUGUUGUCAAGGCUAAUGCAUAAAUGCAAUAGGUAUAAAGUGAUACUCCGAGUGAUCGACUCUACUGGAAAUGCACCCUUACUCAUUUGGGAUGACGUUGGGCAAGAAAUGUUUGGAAAGGACGCAGUUGAGUGUCAAAACAUGAUGUUAAGCAGUGGACGUCAGGAGAGUUAUGUUCCCGCUGAGAUAGAGGCCGUUGUAGAUGUGUCAAUGCUAUUCAAGGUUCAGAUUAAGAAGGAACAAAUUGGAAACUACAAUUCAGCCUUCAGUGUGAUGAAAUUCACAAGAGAUGAAGCUCUUAUUGAGAAAUUCAAUGUUAAUGGGAAUGAUGAACAGGAAUCUGAUUUCAUAUCCAAGAUGCACCAUGUUGAUUCUCACUGUGAAAAGGCAUAUUCUUCACAAGGUGAAGUUU